AAAUGAAUUUGAAGUUUCCAACUCUCCAUUCAACAAGGAAUUCGAAGCCGAAGCUCUACUCCUGCAAAUCCCCUUCUCCAUCUGAAUUCUCAAAUCUUCUUCAUUUCUUCAAACCAAACGAUUGAGUGAGAUGUAUUAGUGUAUUAGAUUGGCUGUGAUUCUAAAUCACGAAAAAAUGAGGCGAAGACCGAUGGAUUUCCGACGGCCUGUGAGGAGGAGAUUUUCGAAGGCAUUCUGGUUGACAUUAUUUGGUUUGGCCAUUCUGCUUUUCAUUGUGAUUUUUAGCCAGGACAAGCAACCAGGAUCCAAAGCCGCAUUGGCUCAGGGAUCUUUCAGGCGCAACAGUAUCACAGAAGGUCUUAAUAUUACUGAAGAAAUGUUGAGCCCUGUCUCAAUCUCAAGGCAAUUGGGUGAUCAGAUUUCUCUUGCGAAAGCUUUUGUUGUGAUUGCGAAAGAAAGCAACAAUCUCCAAUUUGCAUGGGAGCUAAGUGCCCAGAUCCGCCAGUCCCAAAUACUUCUGUCAGAUGCUGCAACAAGGAGAACUCCAUUGACAGCAAGAGAAUCUGAAACUGUAAUCCGUGAUAUGGCACUUUUGCUCUUCCAAGCACAGCAAUUCCAUUAUGACAGUGCAACCAUGAUCAUGAGGUUGAAAGCUAAAAUCCAGUCUCUCGAAGAGCAGGCAAACUCUGUGAAUGAGAAGAGCUUAAAGUAUGGGCAAAUAGCUGCUGAGGAAGUCCCAAAAAGUUUAUACUGCCUGGGUGUCAGGUUAACAGUUGAAUGGUUCAAGAACUCUAAUUUCCAAAGGAAACUUACAGACAGAAGGCGAAUUGCUGAGAAACUUAAGGACAGCCAUCUCUAUCAUUUCUGUGUCUUCUCAGACAACAUUCUUGCAACUUCAGUUGUUGUCAACUCAACUGCUACAAACUCCAUUCAUCCAGAUAUGGUUGUUUUUCACCUUGUGACUGAUGAAGUCAAUUACGCUCCAAUGAAGGCCUGGUUCUCCAUGAACAAUUUCCGAGGAGUGACGGUAGAGGUUCAGAAAUUCGAGGACUAUAGCUGGCUCAAUGCUUCAUAUGUUCCUGUCCUAAAGCAACUCCAAGACUCGGACACUAAGAAUUAUUACUUCUCUGGCAACACUGAUGAUGGCCGGACUCCAAUCAAGUACCGGAAUCCAAAAUAUCUAUCCAUGCUUAACCACCUCCGGUUCUACAUUCCUGAAGUUUUCCCCACAUUGGAGAAAGUAGUAUUUCUGGAUGACGAUGUUGUGGUUCAGAAAGAUUUGUCUGAGCUGUUCUCCAUCGAUCUGAAAGGCAAUGUGAAUGGAGCUGUUGAGACAUGCAUGGAGACAUUCCACAGAUACCACAAAUACUUGAACUGUUCUCACCCUCUAAUUCGUGCACAUUUUGACCCAGACGCCUGUGGGUGGGCAUUUGGGAUGAACGUAUUUGAUUUGGUCGAGUGGAGGAAAAGGAAUGUGACUGGCAUCUACCACUAUUGGCAGGAGCGGAAUGUAGACAGAACAUUGUGGAAGCUUGGGACUCUGCCGCCUGGACUGUUAACUUUCUAUGGGAUAACUGAGCCAUUGGAUCCCAAGUGGCAUGUCUUGGGGUUGGGCUACAAAAUUGUUGAUACUGAGUUGAUAGAAAAGGGGGCUGUGUUGCAUUUCAAUGGGAACUCCAAACCUUGGUUGAAGAUUGGGAUGGAAAAAUACAAGCCUCUGUGGGACAAGUAUGUCGAUUAUUCACAUCCAAUGUUGGAGCAGUGUAACUUCCAUUAAUUUUGGUAUGGAAGUUUACUGUUUUCUGUUGCAAGAUUGCCUAGAAUGCAACCAAAAUUUUGUAAACUGGAAUGCAUGUAAAA